AUGCCUUGAACUCCACUGCUGGCCGGACAAACUUACCUUCGGUUCUCAAUCUUCGGCGGUGGUAGGUAAUCACUUUAUCACAAAUGCUGACGCCAAACCAGAACUUUUUGUAUGAUGACGGCAGAUAAAUACUGAGCUCAUACUUGGCUCAGGGAACAACCGAUGUGUUACGAAUUCAAUUCUCCAGCUUCUGGUUCCGCCUGCAUUCAACCCCGGUCAGUGUUCUAAUGCCUGAAAACCAAGAAGCACCGGAGGAAGGGUGUUUUGCGGUCACAUUUGAGAGGAAAUAUUACCAUCGUGAAGGGGCGUUCAUCAAUAAUCCAGGGAGUUCAGCACAAGAUAACGAGUUCUUCACGUACCGAAGGAGAGGGUCAUGAAUGAAGCGAAAUCAUUGCGGUACAUUCGACAUCAUACCAAUAUCCCAGUCCCGACAGUUUACUGCGACUUUGAAGACGACGAUGCUUGUUACUCGAUCACGGGCUACGUCGAAGGUGUGGACAUGUUCAGCCUAAACGAGGAUCAGAAGGCCGUACGAAGUAGUGUGCGAGGAGCUACACAGCCAUCUCGCAAUCCUCACGGCUCUCAAGUCCAAUCAACUUGGUGGACCAUCCGAGAUUGUGAUGCCCCCUUAUCGAGUUCUACGGCGCACAGAAACUGACCAGUGGCACUUGGAACCAUCCGACCAUGACGAGUGUGUGUUCUGUCACAACGACUUGUCUCAGCAGAACGUCAUCGUCGGACCUAGACACGCUGAAGAUAAAUGCCAUCAUAGACCGGGAGUAUGCCGGAUUUUACCAAGCUCGCUUUGAGCGGCCAUUCUACACUAGACUCGGCCCUUCUAUCUCUCACCUCGCGGGGACGAACAUGAUGCCUCCCUUGAGCCGCUCGAACUUCUCAAGUUACGAAGCGAAGCAACCAUAGACGGCAAAGAAGGACUGCUGCAGCCCACAUUACAGCAAAGAAAGGUACGAAGGUGGAAUGAGAAGCAAGUAGAGUAUGGGAAAACGGAGGCAAGUUAAGUUACCC